CCAGGAAGUAGACACUAGAAGCCACACGUCUUACAAGUUAUUAUAUGGUGAAAAGGGUUAAAAUUUCACAUAACCUGGAAUUGUAAUUUCAGGGAAUGGAGACAAUGGACUUUAUUAGAAAAAGGAGAAUAAAUUCCAAUGACAAUGAUAACGAACAUUGUCCACAAUCCAAACGGAGUAAGGCAAACCCUGGUUUUCAGGAGUCUCAGAAUGUGGAGUCUUCAAGCAAUGACAGUGAAAGAAAUGGGAGCAGCAUUAUUAGCUCAGAGAGAGCAGGUGGACCAGAAUAUGGCUUAAAUCAGAUGAUUGCUGAAUUCAAUCUGAACAUCCCUCAGUCCUUCCACGAGGAAUAUGCACUGGGCCAAGGUCCUUAUUACUACAUCAACCAGAUUUUGAAGGAGGCUCACUUCUACAGCCUGCAGCAACGCAGACAACCUCCAACAUAAAGGAGUAGGCACUCCUUUUUCCAACCUAAACCAUAUUUAUAAAAGCAAUGGUGUG